UUUAUAUAUAGAAUGGUCAUGCCGGCUGGCUGCAGAUGUUUUCCGAUUUUGUCCGUCCGGUUCGGUUAGUUUGCUCACGCUCGUCGCCAAAUGCCCAACAACGCCCGCAUCGAGCACACGUCCUCGGAAGCGCACGAGGGGGAAGCCACUUGUCUGGCGUACUUCAACCAUCAGCUGUUCUCCGGUGGCGCCGAUGGCAAAAUACGAAUCUGGUCGGAAUCGCUGCAACUGUUGGCCACGGUGAACGCCCACGAUGCGUACAUCUACUGCAUGGCCGUGAAUGAGCAAGGGAAGCUCUACUCAAGCAGCUGCGACGGCCAAGUGAAGUACAUGCUGCCGCCAUACGGUGAUGCAUCAGUGCAGGAGCUUUUCCGCUGCUACGACGCCAUCCAGGCCAUGUAUUGCGAUGGAUCUGUGCUGUACACGGGCGACGACAAGGGUGUGGUGACCACCUGGAGCAACGAUCGGAUGCUCUUUAAGUACAAUCUGGUGGAGGAGGUCAAGUCGCUGGCCGGCGAAGAGCAAUUAAUCUAUACGGUGCGUGAUUUGGACGUGGUGGUGUCCCUGACGGUGGAUGGCAAGUCCGGCAAGUACAGCAACAAGGCGGUGAUACCUGGAAAGUCGCCACUAACCCUUCUGGGCCCCUUGGUCGAGGGCAAGCGCAGCUUCAUUGCCUUUCCCGAUCGCACAGGCAUGGGUCUGCAGCUGGUUAACAAUUUGCCGCAGCAGAAGUUUGCCCACAUCUGGCAAUUGCCGAAUUGCCACGAGUGGAUUGUAAACAGCAUUUGCGGCGACGACCGGCAUUUGUACUCCGGCGGCUACGACAAACAGGUCAAAGGCUGGACCGAUUUGGCCUCCCCACAGCCCCGUGCCCUGGGCCAAGUCGAGGUGGGCAGUUGGGUGAACAGUAUCUGUUGUGGCGACAACAAUGCUGUGUAUAUUGCGAGCAACGAUGGAUUUAUUCGCAGUGCGAAAUUUGUUUAGAAAGACGCGCGAACUGCAUGUGGUGCUGCCAGACCUUCAAAAUAAUAAGAACAAAACUGCCGAGUGGCAGCACACUGUUU